UAGCUGGACUAGCUUUUCUUCAUCCACUCACACAAGCUCGAUCGUUUUAUAGUAGUGAAAUCAAAACUAUUUAUUUUUUUCAAUGAAUUUGCUUGACACAGUGUAUCCUAACACCCGCUUCAGUGUAGAACGAUUGAAAGUAAAACACAACAGCAAAGCAAAAUAGACAACAAUGAACCUUGCACGUGAUGAGAUCUUGUUACUGUUUGAUGUUGAUGGUACACUGACUCUCCCCCGAACUACAAUCGAAUUGGAUUUCGAGGAGUUUUUGUUCAACAAAAUUAGGCCGAUCGCAACCAUUGGCCUCAUUAGUGGUUCUGACUUGGGAAAAUUGUUUGAGCAAUUGAAUGGUCAGAAAAUUUUACAACAAUUCGAUUUUAUAUUUCCGGAAAAUGGCCUAGUUCAAAUAGUAGAUGGAACCGAGGUAGUAAAACAGUCGAUUCAAAAACAUUUGGGAGAGAAAACACUACAGCGAUUCAUUAGUUUCGUGCUGAGAUACUUGUCUGAACUGGAACUGCCGUUCAAACGCGGAACAUUCAUCGAUCUUCGAAAAGGAAUGCUGAACAUCUGUCCGAUGGGUCGACAAUGCACACGGUACGAAAGAAAUUUCUUCGCUGAUUAUGAUUUGAAACAUAAUGUUAGGGGCACAAUGAUCAAAAAGUUACAGGAAGAAUUCCAUGACACUGACUUGACGUACAGCGUUGGCGGUCAGAUUAGUUUCAAUGUUUUUCCGCACGGUUGGGACAAAACGUAUGCAUUACAAUACGUUACGAAUGCAACGAAGUAUACGCAAAUCCAUUUUUUCGGCGACCAAACGGAAGCAGGUGGAAAUGAUUAUGAGAUAUUCAAUGAUCCCAGAACCAUUGGCCAUAAAGUUUCUAGUCCACGUGACACCAAGAAGAUUCUGUCUGAAAUGUUUCAAAUUGUCGAAUGACGAAAUGGUGAUGCAAUGUAUACAUAAGGAAGAAUAUAAAAAAUAAC